AUGCAAGAAGAAUUUAUUACCAGCAAUUUUUCUCAUAACAAAUUUGUUUUGAUUGGAUUUCCAAACCUCUACCAAUAUAGACGAGUGCUUUUUGUGCCAUUCUUCCUGUUAUUUGCCCUAAUAUUGAUUGGCAACUUAGUUAUAAUCCUUGUUAUUAAAAAAUCAGAAACUCUGCACAGCCCCAUGUAUUUAUUAAUUUCAUACAUGGCUGCUGUAGAUAUAAUUGUUCCAUUGGCAAUUGUUCCCAACAUGCUGUUUGGCUUUUUAUUUGACUGGAAUGAGAUUUCAUUGGCUGGCUGCUUGACUCAGAUGUUUAUUGUUCACUUUAUAUCAUCAUUUGAAUCCACCAUCCUCCUUACAAUGGCGCUGGAUAGGUAUGUUGCCAUUUGCAAUCCAUUGCGUUAUGCUGAAAUUAUGAAUUAUUCAGUGUUUUUAAAAAUAGGUCUUUUUGCAGUGCUAAGAAGUGGGACAUUAAUGUCCAUACUGAUAAUACUUGCUACUCCAUUGCAUUUUUGCAAGUCAAAUGUAAUUAGACAGUGUUACUGUGAACAUAUGGCACUUGUUACGCUGGCUUGUGACAACAUCACUAUAAAUAACAUAAUGGGCUUAGUAAUGGCAUAUACAAUUGUUGGGUUUGAUAUAUUUUGCAUAGCUUUUUCAUAUGUCAAGAUUAUACAGAGUGUCCUCAAAACAGCAUCUGCCAAAGAGCGCCAGAAAGCCUUUAAUACUUGUGGAACACAUUUGAUUGUUAUGUCAUUCUUCUAUAUUUCUGGAAGUGUAACUUUUGUGGCUUAUAGAGUUAGCAACACAAUUUCCACUGAUCUCCAUACUUUGUUAGGUGUGCUUUAUUUGGUUUUCCCUGCCAGCAUAAAUCCACUCAUUUAUGGAGUACGAACCAAAGAAAUUAGACAAUAUUUGUGGAAAAUAGUUAAACAAAGGAAAAUGGCCAUCAACACACAUUUUCCUUUAUCUGUAAAAAAAUGA